AUGUCCCUUUCAGUCGCUGAAAAGUCGUAUCUAUACGACUCGCUAGCCAGUACGCCUUCAAUUAGACCCGAUGGGAGGCUGCCUCAUCAGUUCAGACCCAUAGAGAUCUUUACCGAUUUUCUACCAAGUUCUAAUGGGUCGUCCAGGAUCAUAGCCAGUGACGGUAGCGAAUGCAUUGUGAGCAUCAAGUCCAAAGUCGUUGAUCAUUCCGUGGAGAACGAACUGCUCCAGGUCGACGUGGAUAUUGCAGGCCAAAGAGACGAUGCCCUGAUAGUGGAGACGAUCACUUCCUUGUUGAAUAAGGUUCUGAAGUCCGGGAAUGGGAUAGACUCGUCGAAACUGCAAUUGACAAAGAAAUACAGUUUUAAAAUAUUUGUUGAUGUCUUGGUCAUUUCUUCAUUCUCAUACCCAGUUUCUUUAAUAUCGUUUGCCAUUUAUUCCGCAUUGAACUCCACAUAUCUACCGAAGCUUAUUUCCGCGUUUGACGAUUUGGAAGUAGAGGAGCUGCCCACCUUCCAUGACUAUGACAUGGUCAAGCUCGAAAUCAGCCCACCUCUGGUGUUUAUACUGGCCAUCGUGGGCAACAACAUACUCGUGGACCCUGCUGCCAACGAAAGCGAAGUGGCCAAUAAUGGUCUAAUUGUCACGUGGUCGAAUGGCAAGAUUACGUCUCCCAUCAGAUCGGUAGCAUUAAACGACUCCAACGUCAAAGGGUUCAAACCUCAUUUGCUGAAACAAGGUCUUGCAAUGGUAGAGAAGUACGCCUCUGAUAUAGUACGAUCAUUGGAGAAUUUAUAA